UUUUCCGUCACCCGUGCGCGCAUUACGCCAUCUUGAAAUUACAGCCGCAAUUUGUCACAAAUAAAAAGCACAACUCUUUUUUUGCCGUUACCACCACGGUGUCUAAUAUGCACGGAUCUCGGAACAAAACAGCGCCAUCGGUUGGCAAGGGACACUCAGACACAGACACCGGAUCGGAGUCAAACCACAGGGACAGGAAAGCCGGCGGAGGGAUGUUAAAGAAGCUGAAGUCGAGGCGCAGUCAGACGGAUAAGUGGCCUGUGGUCACCGAGGAUGAACUCAGGGCACUAGGAGGAGAUAUUUCUCCCGAUCAUGUAUUGGGACUCCGGGCUGUUACGGAAGACUAUCUCUGCAAACCUGAAGACAAUAUCUACAACAUUGACUUCACCCGCUUCAAGAUCAGAGAUCUUGAGACCGGAACAGUACUAUUUGAGAUCGCAAAACCUCCCAAUACUGGUCCUGCAGAGGCUGAGGAAGGGAGUGGAGAUGUUGACGUCAGUGCCGGCCGUUUUGUAAGAUAUCAGUUCACAGCAGCGUUUUUGAAACUACAAACUGUAGGUGCAACGGUGGAGUUCACAGUAGGCGACCGACCCAUUAACAGCUUUCGUAUGAUUGAGAGGCAUUACUUCCAGGGUCGUCUACUCAAGAACUUUGACUUUGACUUCGGGUUUUGUAUCCCCAACAGCCGCAACACAUGUGAACACAUUUAUGAGUUUCCGCAACUUCCAGAUGACCUCAUUCGACAAAUGGUGGAGCACCCUUAUGAGACCAGAUCAGACAGUUUCUACUUUGUGGACAACAAACUCAUCAUGCACAACAAGGCAGACUAUGCCUAUAAUGGUGGUCAGUGAUACCUGAUGGAGGACAGCUUUGCAAUACCCCCCAGAAGAGGGAUUUUUUUUCUCUCCAUUAAACUUUUCAGUUAGUUUUUUUUUUAAUGACACAAAAAAAAACAUUUUUUUCAUCAGCAGACUCAACAUCCCACAGCUAAUCAAUCUGUUAGGAAUUUUGGCACUAUGUGGAAAUUGUGGGUAGAGUGUGUCCCACAAGUGACAAACUCUGGUUUGUGCACUGUUUCCCUUUUCGUUUGCGUCUCUGCUGGAAAGGGACGAUCACAGACCUCUUGGCUCUGUUACAACUUAAUUUGCUGUAGAGAAGUCAUGUUAAAAUGCUUUAAAGGGGACCUAUUAUGCUUUUUCCACUUUUCUGGCCUAUAAAUGUAGUUAGAAUGUUGUAGUGUUAAAAUAUGCCAAAGUUUCAGAUAAUGAGGUUUGCGCAAGUGAGCCCUGAAAGAUGUUUGGGAUGGCCCAAAACGCUCAGUUUCAAAAGGCGUGGUUAAACAGUUCCUUUGUGAUGUCACAGAGGGGCGACUUCCCUAUAUGGUUCGUAGUUAGGAAGCACUUUGGGAGUGUGACCAAUCACAGCGGAGUGAGCAUACCCAGAGGCGGGCUGUGAAUGGAAUAAAUUAAAACAGGCUGCUUUGGCAGGAAGCACAAAGCAAAGGAAAUAGAGCUGGAAUGGGUGUAUAUUCUGGAAGAUCAAGAACGUUUUCUGUGCAGGUUAUUGUGUGUCGCUGCUCUAUAGGAGACCACACAAAAGGUCAAAAAAUGAGCACAAUAGGUCCCCUUUAAACUACCUUCUCAAGUGACAAUUGCUUCCCUUAAGGAAUAAGAAGCAGUUAGUAGAACUUGUAAAGUAUUGUUCUUUUUAAAUAUUCAUUUAUAUCAGUUUGGCUGGUACUAUUGUGUCACUUAUUUAAGAUGGGUGUGCUUCAUAUAACCUUGUUUAAAAGACUUUCUUGUCCUGAAAAAAAAUAACACAUUUGGUUGGAUAGCUGAAACCAAUGGACAUAGUCAUUUCUGGUUUGAUUGUAUUCAUGAUUAUUUUUGCAAGAUUCAUUUUAUUUUCCUAUUUAAAUAAUAUAAAUACACUUUCUCUUAUUCCCACCCUGGCAAUGAUUAGUAUAACAACAAGAGCUGCAAAAUAAUAAGUAUAAUUUUGACGAACAACAAAUUAUUUUAUGAUUUGGACUUCUUUUUAGCAUCUGUUACAACAUCAACUUCAUGUGCCUUUUAGCCCGUUGCUGGGAAACAACGACAUUCACAUACGAGAGAAGACUGCAGAGAGGUGCUGCUUACAUCCAGUCUGAUAGGAAUAUAUUUUAUAUAUGCUCUCUUAUGCAGGACCUCUGUGUGGGGAAAGGAAAAUGAAUUAAAUAUGUUUCAUAAACUCACUGACUGAUGUAAAGAUGUGCUGCUGUAAUAACAUGUGCUAGUUCAGAAACAGUAGUAUGUAGUUGACUUUUUUUGUUUUAGCUGAAUGAAAAUUAGUGGAUGUAUAAUGUGAGGGUGUUGAUGAUUGCAGUUGAAUUGCUCUUGUAUUGUAGUUUGGAGGAAAUGGUUUUGCCAAUCAUUCAGUUGUGCGCCAUAUGAUUAUCUCAAUGCUUAAAAGUGGUGAUUGUUUUCUUUGUAUAUAUGGAAAAACACCACAACAGCUGACAAAAAAAAUGGUCCCAUUUUGGUUCCGUUUGCAUUGACUCUCUCUAAUGAAUA